AUGCCGGCCGAAAGGCGUUCUCUUCGAUCAAACAACAAAUCCGACGCUUCGUCAUCUGCUAACGGUGAAAAAGCACGUUCGGAGUCCCAGAACUCGAGCGCUAAGGAAAAACCUGCCCCCACAACUCGUACGGCCGCCAACAAGGCCAAAGCAGUCCCGGCCAAGAAAGGUACUACCACUAAGGCUACAAACAACGACAUGGAGGAGAAUGAUCAGUCGCACACCAACGGAUCUAAGACAAGUGAAAAUGGCAUGAAUGGCUCUGAGGAUGUUGAGAUGGGAGAGGAUACGGCAGGUGCGCCUAAAUCCUCCUUCAACACCCGUAAGGAUCGGAAUGGUGACGAGAAGAUGACUGUUGUAGUGCCUCCAACCAAGGGUUCCAGAUCAUCCAUCAAGGGCCAAGACAAGAAUGAGGAUAUCAUGAUGGAAGGUGCGGAGGACAGUGAUAUUGAGCAGCCUGAGCCCGAGGUCAACCCAACGACCAAGGCCAUUCAAGACAUCAAUGCCAAUCUGACCUUGCUUGAACGAGCUGUAACCCACUUUGACCCCCGAUUUACUCUACGUGUUUUGCGUUCCAUAUCCUCGAUGCGGAAAUACAUCACCCCGGAGGUCCUCGCCGCGGUCAUUGCGGAUAUAUACCCAGCCUGUAGCUCGAUGGCAUCCUUCUUACUCGGGGCCAUUGAUCAAGCCGGUGCAUUUGAGGACCUCAUGGCCAACUCAGAGAUGGACGUCGACUCGGAUAAAAACAAAGCUGCCGCAAAGGAGAUUCUCCCUGAGGUGGAUGUGUAUCUGUCUAUCUUGGUGCAAAUUUAUCUCUUUGAUCAACGUCAGAUUAAGAAGGGCGCUGAGUUUUCAACCAAUCUCAUUGAUCGUCUUCGGACGCUGAACCGCCGCACUCUGGAUCCUCUUGCCGCUCGGGUGUACUUUUACUACUCUCUUUUCUUUGAGCAAAUGACUCCGCUCCCGCCUUCCCCAGCAGCUGCUGUCACUAGCAUUCGCCAAACUUUGCUGGCAGCCCUGCGGACCUCUGUUCUUCGGAAAGACGUGGACACGCAAGCUACUGUCAUGACCUUGCUCCUGCGCAACUACUUGUCCACUUCCCACAUCACCCAAGCGGAUCUUUUGAUCUCUCACAAUCGAUUUCCAGUUGCUGCCUCCAACAACCAAAUUGCUCGCUAUCUAUACUACCUUGGUCGUAUUCGAGCCAUUCAACUGCAGUAUACUGAAGCCCACAGCCAUCUGAUUGGUGCAACACGCAAGUCUCCCACUAGUCACAGUGCUCGUGGGUUUUAUCAGGCUUCUCACAAGUUGCUUGUGGUCGUUGAGUUACUUAUGGGUGACAUUCCUGACCGAGCGGUCUUCCGUCAACCCGCCCUAGAGAAGGCCAUGCACCCAUACUUCUUGCUUACGCAGGCUGUUAGUGUUGGUGAUUUGGAUGGGUUUUUGAAUAUUGUCAAUAUUCACAGCUCUACUUUCCGGAAGGAUGGUACGUACACGUUGAUCCUUCGCCUGAGACAAAAUGUGAUCAAGACCGGCAUUCGAAUGAUGUCCUUGUCUUACUCUCGUAUUUCCCUACGAGAUAUCUGUCUUCGUUUGGGUCUUGAUAGUGAAGAGUCUGCCGAAUACAUUGUAGCCAAGGCCAUUCGUGAUGGUGUCAUCGAGGCAUCCCUGGACCACGAGCAUGGUUUCAUGAAGAGCAAGGAAGUUGGUGAUAUUUAUGCCACUCGGGAACCAGGUGAAGCUUUCCAUGAUCGCAUUCGUGCCUGCCUUGCCCUCCACGAUGAGAGUGUUAAAGCUAUGCGUUUCCCCAUGAAUCAGCACCGUCUGGAGCUGAAGAGUGCCCAAGAGGCACGAGAGCGAGAGCGUGAGCUGGCCAAGGAGAUCCAGGAAGGAGAUAUGGACGAUGAGGAAGCCGGUGGUGAUUUCGAUGCUAUCUAA